AUGCGAAACGAUCUACCUGACCGUUGGCUCGAUUACAAGCCGUAUCAGCGAACAAUUUUUCGUUUUCUACCAUUUAAAGUGCCUCUUAAAGAUGAAUUACUUGACCCUUUACCGGAAAAUGAGAAGUUCGGCUGGCGAAGAUUUCUGAGGCAACUUGAUGCGGAAAAUAUCAAGCUGGGACUAGUCAUUGAUCUGUGCAAUACCAACCGAUACUACGAUAGAUACGAAUUGAAUGAAAACUCAAGACACCCUAUUGUACAUUACAAGCUAGAAUGCAAAGGUCAUGAUGAUAUUCCGAGCUCUGAAGUUUUUCUUGAAUUUGCAGCGCAAGUGAAACAGUUUCUGAAAAAUGCGAGCAGCGAUUUGCUCAUAGGCUUGCACUGUACCCACGGCGUGAACAGAACAGGAUUUCUCAUUUGUAAGUAUUUAAUUCUGUACGAAGGUGUUGACCCAGCAAUAGCGGUAAGUAAUUUUGAGCAAUCCAGAGGCCACACGUUUGAUAAGACAUUCUACGUGAACCAUCUACUGGCCCUUAAUUCUGAGAACAGAGAAACUCCGCCGCGAGAUGCCAUGAAUUUGGAUCUGAGUGUGAAAAAGUACGACAGAAAUCACGAAGAUGCAAUUUGGUAUGCGAACUCGAUCAGACCUUCAUAUCGCCAAGAGAGUAGCAGAGGAUAUGAAAGAAGAGGUGAUCCUCCUCGAGAGGAAUAUCGAGAUGAAAGGUUUCGAAAAGAGAGCAACCCCAGGUACUCGCAUGCUGAAUCAAGUCGCCAACAUAAUGACCGAGAUUAUAAAUCGACUAGAAUAAGUUCUGAGCGACGUUCCAGUCACAGUUAUCAGAACGCUCAUUCGUCUCGAGAUUCAUCAAGUGACUUUAGAGGUCCAACAAGGCGUGAUGAUUACAGCAGACCCGGGCGCCUUGAAAGGUUUCCAUACAGGGGAAGAAGCGACUACUCUAGAGGCAGAGGUGAAUAUUCUCGAGGUAGAGGUGAUUUUUCAAGGGGCAGGGGAGAUUUUUCUAGAGGUAGAAGUGACUUUGCAAGAGGAAGGGGGGAUUUUUCCAGAGGAAGAAGUGAUUUUUCAAGAGGAAGGGGUGAUUUUUCAAGAGGCCGUGGUGAUUAUUCAAGUGGCAGGGGUGAUUUCUUGCGAGGUCGAGGAGACUUCUCCGAGCGACGAAUAUCAAGAAGCCCGCCACGGAGUAGUUAUCCAGAAGAAGGGUAUUCUAGAAAAAGAGCUAACGAGAGUUACCGAGAACCAUACGACUACAAGUUGUCGCGGCCUCAAUAUUCAUCUCCACGCGAAGAAUUGGAACGACUGCCUCCGAAGCGUACCCGUGAUGAUGAUUCAAGACCACUAUAUCAACCAAGGGACACAGUCUAUGAACGAAGUGGAUUCACUGCUUCUAGAUCCCCAAAGAGAUCUCCAAAUGGAUCAUCGAAUAGAGUGUACAAUCGUCCUAGCGGAAUUCCCUCACCAUUAUCGGAUCGAUUCAAGGAGUCCAGAAAUAAAAUGAUUCCUGAUGAUUACAGAAGACCGAUAUCUCCUGCUGAAAGACCUCGUUAUGAUGACAGAAAAGCCAGAGACUCAUCACUGUCUCCUAGACAUCAGAGUCCCUCACCUAGAUAUGUAGAACGAAGGUACGAGUACGAAUUUAAACCAUCAAAAGCUCCUGCUCCUAAAGUCUACCGUGAAGAGGAGCGAGAUGGCGGGUACCGGUCGGGUUAUCGUGGUGGCCUCGAAAAGGGACUUGGAGAUACUGCAACUUACAUUAAUCGUGAAGUAUCGCCCGAUUUUGUUUCUGCACGAAGACUAUCGGAACGCCCAGAUUAUGACCGAGAUUUUAAGAGAAGUGUCGCACCCGAGUAUGGAUCUGUGUCUGUCAGACCAAAGACAGAUUUCAAAUCCAGAAGCAGAGAGCGAGAUUCGAGUAUGCGGCGAGAUGCGUCACCUAUUGUGAAAGAACGAAGAUACGAAACCUCGAUUUCAGAAGCAAAAUUAUUUGCUUUAAGAAGCAAAAUUAUUACAGCUCCAGAGCCACUGAAAGGACGUCCAGAAUCCCGUGAACGCUUAGAAACUGCAAGUAAUUCAGCAUCGACUUCUCAAGUUGCUUACCGAACCGAGAGAACGGCAAGCGGGAUCGAGUACUCAUUUCCGGCAGAAAAGCAACAGAGCUCUCGCGAAGUCAGUCGAAGUCGAACUAGAACACGCUCUGUGGCAUCCGUGGACGGUUCAUUGGAAAAGAGUAGAAGUCGCGCUGGUAGCGACAAACAGAGUCGAUCGCCAUCAGUUGCAAGUUACAAUCAGAAUACAGGAGUCGGAUUUAGAGACACGAGAGACAAUGAAUCAUUUGUAGAAGAAGAGCGAGAACGGAGAAGAUACUCGCCGAGGCGCAGCGGCGAACUCGACAGAGGACGAAGCAAUAGUCGUUACAGUCGCGGCGGGGUGUCCCGUAGCUACUCGCGAGGCGAUGGAUCACAUAGGUACUCGCGAGGCGGGCCUCCGCGAGGUGGACGUAUUUCGAGCUACAGAGGUGUGAGCACCCGAGGAAGGUAUCCUUACAACCCAGCUGUGCGAAGAGCCAGAGGACUCGUUUCUCUCUCAGCGAGAAUGCGUGGAGGACGUCCAAUGGACAGAUACAGUGGGUCGAGAGGGUUCACUAGAGGAGGCAUCGUUAGUCGAGGAAGGGGACCGCCCAGAUACAGGCCCUCGGGUGGGUUUCGACCACCUGCACGCGGUGGCUUCAGAGGGAGAAGAGAAGACAAUGUAUCUAAUCAAAGAUACAACUGAGGAAUAUACAACUGAAUGACGAAAAUAACUGAUUUAUUUAAGCCAAAAGCCAUGGCGACUUUUCCCAUGCAGACUCCAAAUUUUCUCAACAGAAUUGCCCAUCAAAAUAUUACAGUAAUCAUCGAUGUAAUACCACAAGUAUCGUAUUUAAUCUUUCAUGUUCUUCUAAUACUUUUCUCUCGCGAAACGGGUAGUAAAAACAAAAUAAUUCAGAAACAAAACAGCGAACGUACAAGCUGUGAGCUAAUCAUUAAGCUAUGAUCAUUUGAACCAGAAUAUCAAGAUAAUGAUAUAUUUUGGAGGUAGUUUAACUACAUUGGAAAAUUGGUGGAAACUUUCUUAGACUUGGAAAUUAUGAAGAAAGCAAGGUGGCUAUAUUCGAAUCACAUCAAAAAUAUCGAUUAUCAAAAUAGCUGAAAAUGAAAUUAUUGAAAGCCGCUGAAAAGAAAACACCGAAAGUACAAACGCAUGUUAAGCGCUAAACGCAUUCGCUUCAGUUAAGCCGCUCUGGUUUUCUUCGAUAACUUUUUGAAGAUGACGCACAUCUUAGUCGAAAGUAGUCGACAGAGCCAAAGCUUGAAACUGUUGAUCUCGCAACUCGCAGUGUUUCGUAAACGCAUUACUUGUUGUUUGGUUUUGUAUGCUCUGACUUAUGAGAUAAUUGCUGCGUAGCGAAACUUGAUUAAGGCGCAUGAUAUACUGAAUUGUCAUGUGAGUUGAAAAACUGGAUAGAUUGAAAAGCGAGAGCCCACAAAGUAGAAAAAAUGGGAAAUUAUUGAUGAGAAGGGGUAGAAGAGGAGUAAUGAACACAAACUCUACAGAGAUUCCAGUGUCUAGAGCAAUGAAAUAAAGAAAAAUCAUGCGAAAACUAUUAAAAGUAAAUGCAUUCGGGAGUUCCAGUUUUUCGACAAACAUGUGAUUUGAUUACUCAGACCUUAUUGAUUUGCAACGGCACAAAAAGCGGAUCGUACAUUUAGAAUUACUAUCAUCUCUCUUCAGUCCAACAGCCCACAGAAGCUGAUCUGCGUUUCAUCAUCCGUCGAAACCGUGUGAAUGUUGGGAAAACCUAUUGAGCCCUGUAUUUGCGACUGUGCGAAUCGUUAGUCUGAACGUAAAGCGUACGAUAGAAUGCUAAGUGCUUAUGGUUGCGACAGACACCAGAUUUAAGUAAAAGGACCGUACAGUGUCUUAAAAAUUCAAAAGAAACUAAAGUAGUCCAGGAUUAUACUAGUUAAAUCAUGAGACCGCAUUUCUCCAACGCUUCCAAAGUGAACAUAUUAUAUAUUACCCUUGCGAUAAGCAAGAGUGUUGCAAUCGAGUACUAGACUUUUUUCCUGUAAAUAACGUUGUUCACAAA